AGAAAUCAAAACCAGAGUCCACCAAAAUAUAGCACACACUUAUUGCACUAAGUGAGAAUGAUUUUCCCUAUCUUCUUCACAUUUUUUUUCCUCCUCUCCUCAUCCCAUGCUUCUGUGCAAGACUUCUGUGUCGCAGACUUGACAGCUCCAGAAGGCCCUGCAGGCUACUCCUGCAAGAAGCCUGCAAAAGUUACCGUAGAUGACUUUGUGUUCUCUGGCCUAGGCAUUGCUGGUAACACCACCAAUAUCAUCAAAGCUGCAGUCACACCUGCUUUUGCUGCUCAAUUUCCUGGUGUCAAUGGCCUCGGCAUUUCGCUGGCUCGUUUAGACUUGGCUGUUGAUGGAGUCAUCCCAUUUCACACGCACCCCGGAGCUUCGGAAGUCCUGAUUGUUGUGGAAGGGACAAUCUGUGCCGGGUUUGUUUCCUCAGCUAACACAGUUUAUCUACAAACUCUUGAGAAGGGUGACAGUAUGGUUUUCCCUCAAGGUUUGUUGCACUUCCAAGUCAAUGGAGGUGAUACUCCAGCCCUUGCCUUUGUUAGCUUCAGUAGUCCUAGCCCCGGUCUGCAGAUUCUGGACUUUGCAUUAUUUAAAAAUGACUUACCGACCCCAUUGAUAGCUCAAACCACAUUCCUCGACGUUGCUCAGAUAAAGAAACUUAAGGGUGUUCUUGGUGGCACUAAUUAAUUAAGUUUUCUUGGGAGAUACCAAUGUGUUAUUCAUGUCCCUUUGUUUUCUUGUUUUUGUGAUUGAGAAGGCCUGUAACUGUAGGAUUAUUGUUCAGGCCAGUUGCAUUUUCUGAAUUUCUACUCCAGUUAGUGUUUUUGUAUGGUUGGUUGUGCUAGUUUCAUUGCAAGUACUGCCGCAUUAUAUGCAUGUAUCUUAAUUAAGAUGAGAAUGCAUGUUUUUUAGAUCGAAA